CCUUCUUUUAAAAUGUUGCAUUUUCUCUGUUAAACCUUUUCUCUAAAUUCCAUUUCGUUUGCAUUCUCAGUUACACCGAACCUCGUGCUGCAAAAAGAUGCCAGAAGUUCAGUUGGGCACACACACCAUCAGAUCACAUGGAGCUAAAGUGGCAAGGAUACAUAUGCAUGACUGGUUGAUUCUUUUACUUAUUGUGAUCAUUGAUGUCAUCUUGAAUGUGAUAGAGCCAUUUCACCGCUUUGUUGGAGAGGGGAUGAUGACCGAUCUGAGUUAUCCUUUGAAAGAUAACACUAUACCCUUUUGGGCUGUUCCGAUAGUAGCAAUAUUGUUGCCAAUAGCUGUCAUUCUUAUUUACUAUUUCAUUCGAAAGGAUGUUUAUGACUUCCACCAUGCUAUCUUGGGGCUUCUAUUUUCUGUACUCAUUACUUCGGUGAUAACGGAUGCUAUCAAAGAUGGUGUUGGACGGCCACGCCCAGAUUUCUUCUGGCGUUGUUUCCCUGAUGGAAAAGGGGUAUUUGAUCCUGUAACAAGUGAUGUUAGAUGUACUGGAGAUAAGAGUGUUAUUAAGGAAGGGCACAAAAGUUUUCCAAGUGGACAUACCUCUUGGUCCUUUGCUGGGCUUGGUUUUCUUGCGUGGUAUCUAUCUGGAAAACUCAAGGCAUUUGACCGUAGGGGCCAUGUUGCAAAGCUUUGUAUUAUUUUCUUACCACUUCUCGUGGCAGCUAUGAUUGCUGUCUCUCGUGUUGAUGAUUAUUGGCAUCAUUGGCAAGAUGUUUUUGCUGGAGGGCUUAUAGGUCUGACAGUUGCUUCCUUUUGUUACUUACAAUUCUUUCCACCCCCAUAUGACGUAGAUGGUUGGGGACCUCAUGCAUAUUUCCAGAUGUUGGCUGAAUCUCGUAAUGGUGCUGAACCCUCUUCUGCGAACAAUGCGAGUCUUCAUGCACAACUUGCUGAUCUUCAGACUGUAUCUGUGAAUAUCCCACCUCAACAUGAUGGUGAUACUGCACGAGCUGAUAGAUGAGAUUGAUCACAAAAUGAAAGGAUACUCUGACUUUCCAUUGAGAGUUCGUAAGGUCAUUGGAAAGAUCACCAGAUGUUCGUGAUCUGUAAAAAUUAUAGGGGGUUUGGGUAUCUUUUUGCAGAUUAACGACGCUCUAGCAUCAAUUGACUGUUAAAAAUGCACAAUGUCGAUUACUUAGGUUGUGAGAUGUUUAUUGGAUUAGGAAUAUCUUGUUGAUUUGUCCUUUUCGGCCAUCCUUGUUAGUUGACAUUUUGUUGGUCAUCUUAGUUUUUAGUUGUCAAAUUACUGUUUUAUGUACAUAUCAUAUUACUGAAGGAAAUCUUAGAUUU